AUGGGAGCCGGAGGUAGAGUUGUCAAAGGAGGUAAUGGGGGCAAUACGGGCUUAGGCAAAGGCGGCAACUCCAUGCCCGGCAGUGGAGGCAAUAUGAGCUUUGGCAGCAUGGAGGGAGGUGAUAUCGGUGAUAUUGUGGGCGUCAAGUUUGUAAUAGGUGGUUCUUCUGGCAAUGUGGGUGCCGAAGUUGUAGCAGGCGGUAUUUCUGGUGAUGGAAAGGGUAGUUUUGGUGAUAUGGCUGGUGGCAAUGGCAAUGACGGAGGCGGUGGAACAGAUGAUUUUGGUGGUGGAAAUUGCGAUGGUGGAGGUGCUAGAAGGGGCAAUUUUGGUGAUUUGCGUGGUUGCAAUUGCGAUGGUGGAGGUGGUGGAACAGACGAUUUUGGAGAUUUUGGUGAUUUGGCUGGUGGCAAUUGGGAUGGUGGAGGUGAUGGAAGGGGCGAUUUUGGUGAUUUGGCUGGUGGCAAUUGCGAUGGUGGAGGUUGGAAAACGAGCAAUUUUGAUGAUUUGGCUGGUGGCAAUUUGGAUGGUGGAGGUGAUGGGAAGGGCGAUUCGGGUGAAAUGAAAUGGACAGCAGAAAAUUGA